AUGAAGGCCAGGACCCUUCAGGAAGACCACGAGGAAUUCAUCCGAGCAAUCAAAGAGUUUGCGGUCCCAUCAGCUCCCGCCAAGUCGCAUGCUCCCCGCAAGGAGGCGGACAGUCAAGUCAUCCUCCAGGAGCUGCGAAGGCUGAGACUGCAGCAACUACUUGCUGUCCUCCACGUCACCUGGGUUGUGUUCCGCCCCAUCGUCCUCCUUGGAGUCUUGGGCGAAAGUUUCCCUGCUCGGGCUCCUGGUAGCCGAGGGAAGGAGAAUGCUGCAGGAUCCAGUGUAUCAUCGGAGGUGAUGACCAACCAUCUUGUUGCUGCUGAAAGUUGUCUUGACGUGUUCUUGGUCUACAUCAGCCUGCUGGGCGAUGAUGGAAGCUUCCCUGAGAUCUCGUUCAAUACUUGUGGAGUGUUCGGGAAGCGUAUGAAGAGCAUCAUGGACUUGUGCUCCUUCGAACACUUCAGAUACUCACCCACGUUCUGGCUCCUCAACGGCGACAUGCACACCAUGCUACCCGUGCUGGUUCGCCCCAUGAAAAGUCCCACCUCUGACUUUCUCCGAGUGCGGCUGAAACUUUCAGAAGACUCUGAUCAGCCGCUGGACAUCGCUAUCCCUUCCAAGGCUGCAGCCAGCACCGUCAAGAGCUCCAAACUUCUCCUCCUCAUCCUUGCCGGAGUGGGAGGAGACUCGCGGCAAGCCUACAUCUCAGAUCUGUGCAAGAGAGCGGCGGAGGAAGGACAUUUGUGCGCUGUCAUCGUAUCAAAAGGAUUUCUCAGCGAUGAAGUAGACAGCGUCAAGAGGAUCUUCUCUCCCUGCGAUUUUGAUUCGCUAGAGAAGACUGUCAACAUCACCUGCAAGUCAGCACAGUCAGCCUCUCUAAAAGUGAUGUCUGUCGGAUUUUCCAUGGGAGCCAUCAUGUGGCUUACAUAUCACGGCAAGAAAAAGUCCCCGGAGAACAUGAUUGGGUGUAUAUCUGUCGGCAGUGCCAUGAAGAUGGAUUUCAGUAUGGUUGGACGAUAUCCAAGAAUCAUACAACCUGCUCUUGUGACCGAGCUUGUAUCGGAUAUUAUGGCGAAGUACGGACAUGAAAUCCUCAGACUCGUCGGUAAGGAACCGGAGGGGCAAGACGGCGUCAAGAAGUUCUGCAGAUCGAGGACCUUCGCGGAUCUUCACAAGAAUCUUCUUUCAAAGAUCGGAAAGAGCGACGAGCAGAACUUGUGGUUUUGGAUGGAGAAGCAGGAGCCUCACAGAUGGAGGAACAAGAUCUCUAUACCGACGCUUAUCUUCAACGCUAAGGAUGAUCCCAUGCACGUCAUGGAACAGUGUGGAUUUGAAAAGGAAACUCCUUCUAACCCCAAUGUCGCUUAUUUCCUCACACAAGCUGGGGGACAUAUCGGAUGGUAA